CGCCCGGCUUCAGUGCUCGGCGAUGACUCGUGCACUCCAGCGGUAGCGGAGUGCGCAGCUGUGCCGGUUAGCCGUCUGCUACGCGACGGCGUCGCAGCGUGUGCGUCGUCUGCUAUCUAUCGUGUGCCAGAGUGUUUCCUUUUGGCCAGCGACGUCUGGAGGGACGCGUUUCUUGUGUUUAUACGUGGUUCGCGUCCGUCUGCUUUGCUGGAUAACCGAGUUGUGUGCGGCUUCUGGUUGGGCGCCGAUGGGAUGGGAACAGGGGUGUCGUUGAGUGUUCGCCACCGAGUGACUCUGGUGUGAGCUUAUUCUUCUUUGGCCCGAAGAGGUGAGGGGGUGAAUCUCUGAAAAAAAGUGAAACGGAGAAGAAAUAGCCGCUAUGGAUAACGCGUCAACCAACGGAAAGACCUCCACGGUGAAGCAACUAGUGCUCUCGCUUCCCGGAGGACUGCCGGCCAUGCCCGCUCGACGCCGGCGGGGGGUCGCCGGCAAUCGGGCGAGUGCAGCCGGAGGAGGAGGAGGCGGCGCGGGAGGGGGAAAGUCCAAUGGCGGCGUGGCGGCCAGCCUGUGCUCCUGCUUCUCGUCGGGGCCCGACGAGCCUCCCGAGAUCACCUAUCACGUGGUCGAGAACGGCGUCGUCACCCUGCCCCCGCCCCCGCUGCUCACCCCGACGCACCCGAUGCCGGACGAGGCCGAGCUCAACGCCAAGUUCGCCGAGCUGGUGGACGAACUUGACCUCACGGCCGCCAAGAAAGAGGUCAUGUUCAACUUGCCUUCCGAAAAGAAGUGGCAGCUAUAUCUCAGCAAGAAAACGGAACAGCACGACACAACGUCAUCCCAUUUUCCGGAUUACUACAUUGAACGAGUGAACGCAAUGUCCAUGCUGCUGUUUCCUCGCGAAGAGGAAGAAGUCAACACCCGUGCCAAACUUCUGGAUAACCUCAAAACUGCACUCCGUACACAACCGAACAGCUUCGUGACGCGCUUCCUGGAUCAGGAUGGCCUUAUCUGCCUUUUAAAUUUCCUGGUUGGCAUGGACUACAACACGGCUCAGAGUCCCAUCCACACCUCCCUCAUAGGAUGCGUGAAGGCACUCAUGAACAACUCGAAUGGCCGGGCCCACGUUCUGGCUCACCCUACGGCCAUCAACACCAUAGCGCAAAGCCUGAGCACGGAGAACAUCAAGACCAAGAUCGCUGUCCUCGAGAUCCUGGGCGCCAUGUGCCUCGUGCCCGGCGGUCACCGGAAAGUGCUCGAGGCCAUGCUGCACUUCCAGAAGCACGCGUACGAACGCACGCGAUUCCAGACCGUGCUCAAUGAUCUGGACCGGAGCACAGGCGUUUACAAGGAUGAGGUCAACCUCAAGACGGCCAUCAUGUCUUUCGUGAACGCCAUCCUGAACUACGGUCCGGGCCAAGAACACUUGGAAUUCCGGCUGCACCUGCGCUACGAGUUCCUCAUGCUCGGCAUCCAGCCAAUCAUCGAAAAACUCAGAGGACAUGAGAACGCUACGCUGGACAGGCAUCUUGACAUAUUUGACAUGGUCAGGAUCGAAGAUGAAAAGGAACUUGCACGAAAGUUUGACAUGGCGCAUAUAGACACUAAAAGCUGUACAGCGAUGGUGGAAGCCAUCAAAAAGAAGCUCUGCAUGACACCUGCCUACCCGCAUUUUCUGUCACUCCUUCAUCAUGCACUGCUCAUACCCUAUAUUGGAGGUUCUGCGGAACAUUGGAUACUGUUCGACAGAAUCGUCCAGCAAAUCGUUGUUCAGGGAGAAAAUGGAGAGAACUACGAUAUCGCCCCAAUUGAGAUCAACGUCAAGAAAAUACUCAAGGAGCUGGCCACCGAAGAGGAGUUGAGGAUUGCGAAGGAGAACGCCGACAAGUUCGAGAAGGAAAACAUAGAACUGGCGACUCAAAUUGUGAAGAAAGAACAAGAGUUGGAACAGAGUACGCAAGAAAAGGAGGACCUCCAGACUACGUUGGCAAAAACGAAGGACAAGUUGGAACGAGAGACGGUGAGCCACUUGGAGGACAAGCAGAAAAUCGAGGAACUCGAGUACAGGAUAAGGGAAAUGACGCAAAAGCUGGACUCCGAGCGGCGAGAGAGAAGCUACGCCGAGAGCACGAUCAGGAAUGGUCUGCCCGACGACUCGCGCCUGUCCAUGCACCGGGGAAGCCUGCCCUGUGGGCCUCUGCAUUCAAUGGGCACGCCGCCUCCACCCCCACCGCCGAUGCCGUCGAAUGGAGCACCACCAGCACCACCGCCGCUUCCAGGCAUGGGCACAGCACCGCCACCGCCACCAUGUCCUCCGCCCUCGACACGGACGCCGAGGAUCAAGAACAUUCCCCAGCCAACGAACCCGCUCAAGUCUUUCAACUGGUCCAAGUUGCCAGAAGCCAGGGUUGACGGCACCGUCUGGACUGAACUGGACGACACGAAACUGUACAAGGACAUCGACCUGGCCGACAUUGACAGGACGUUCUCAGCAUAUCAGAAGCAGCAGGGGUGCGGGACCAACGGUUCGCUGGAGGACAUCCCCGCGCUCACGUGCCGAAGCCCUCGGGUCCGGGAGCUCUCGCUCAUCGAUGGCCGCCGGGCCCAGAACUGCACCAUCCUGCUCUCGAAGCUGAGACUCACCAACGACGAGAUCUGCCGCGCCAUCCUCUCCAUGGACUCCAAGGACCAGUUGCCCAAGGACAUGGUGGAACAGCUACUCAAGUUCCUUCCAAGCCCUGAAGAAAAAGUUUUGUUGGAGGAGCACAGCAGUGAGAUGGAAAGCAUGGCCAAGGCUGACAGAUUUCUCUACGAAAUCAGCAGAAUAAUUCACUACGAGCAGCGGUUGAGGACGCUGUACUAUAAGAAAAAGUUCCAGGAAAGAGUUUCUGACUGCAAACCCAAGAUCGUCGCUGUUCUUGAAGCAUCGAAGGAAGUACAACGGAGCAAACGGCUCAAGAAACUCCUGGAGGUUGUUCUGGCUUUCGGUAACUACAUGAAUCGCGGCCAGCGGGGGAAUGCAGUGGGCUUUAAACUGUCCAGUCUCAACCACCUCGCUGACACCAAGUCCAGUACCAACAGGAACUACACCUUGCUUCACUACUUAAUUGAGACGCUAGAGAAGAAGUUCAAAGAUACGCUGAAACUGGAGGAGGACAUUCACCAUGUUAAGAGAGCGGCGAAAGUGAACCUGGGCGAGCUCGAGAGAGAGAUCAGGGAUCUCAAGACUGGUCUCAACGAGGUUCAGAAGGAGCUCGACUUUCUGCGAGGACAACCGGCCCAGCCAGGUGACAAGUUCGUGCUCGUCAUGAAGGAGUUCAUCACCGGCGCCACGUACAAAUUCUCGGAGCUGGAGGACAGUUUUCUCGACAUGAAAUCGAGGUAUGAGAAGACUGCGCGGAGGUUCGGUGAAGACCCGGUCCAGGUGCCACCGGACGAGUUCUUCAGCAUCUUCGACUCGUUCCUGGUCUCGUUCAACGAGGCCAAGAACGACAACGAGAACUUCAGGCGGAAGAAGGAGGACGAGGAGCGGCGCAGCAGGCAAGAGGCCGAGAAGCGAGAACGCAAGGACGGUACCCUCAGAGGCCUGGCCGCACUCCGAGCCAAUGGUUCGGCGACGCUCAACGGCUCCAUCAACAGCCUCAAGGCCGGAGGACCCGCUGCCCUCAACGGCAGGACGACCGCGGACGACAAGGGAGAGUUCGACGACCUCAUAUCGGCUCUCCGCACGGGCGACGUGUUCGGCGACGAGUUCUCCAAGACUCGCCGCAACCGACGCCGCGGCAGCAGCCCGGCCGCCAACAACGCCGCGUCGCUGCUGGCCGAGAACGGACAUCACGUGAUCGUCAACGGGUCGGCAUUGCACGACACCUCUCGGGACCGCAUAGUGACGCGGAAGCUAAAGUCAUGAGGCCUAGUCUAGCAGUCUGCCUCUCCAAUGCUGUAUUGCCCUUUGUUCACACAUGAUGCGCAGACGGGCUUGAUUUCUUCAAGGACGGUAGUCAGCGCGGACGUUAGAGUUUUUCUCAUAAGUACGUACACUUGUUAAGGCCUCAUGACUGUCAUCUUGACGUGCUGAAAAGUGAUUGAGCCGUUCAUGAGGCCUUCUCUAUCACUGUGCCCCCAUCUGCUUUGUGCUUUCUUCGUACAGGAUGAACCGCUGGGUUUCUUUUCUUUCAGGGCGGAAGUCAGUGAUAGCGUUACAGUUUCUGUUAUAAGUAUGUAAGUCAGUUAAAACCGCGUGACUAGCACUUUCACGUACUGAGAAGGGCUUGGGCCGAUGUGAGGCCUUGUCCACCAGUCUGCCCCUUCUGUUUUGUGCUUUGGUCGUACAGGAUGAAAUUUUGGGCUUGCUUUUUAUCGAAUGUGGUAGCCAGUGCUAACGUUACAGUUUCUAUCACAAGUACUUAAGCCACUUAACGCCUCAUGACUAUUGCCCUGACGUGCUAAUGAGUGGUUGGGCCAGUGGAGCGUUGGGUUUGAGUUUUAUGUCAGUGCGGGCGUUGCAGUUUUUGCCUUAUAUAAGCAAGUUAGGGCUUGAGCCGUGCACUGACAUGCUAUGAUGUCGCAGGACUAAUAGGCAUGUCUGGUCAACUUUGAUAAGAAAUACUAUACUUUGAACAGAACCGAAGCUGCCAUUUUACAUUUUGCUUGUCAAAGCAUCCUUACUGACCGUGGCAUCUUAGUUUUACGCAAUGAAGGUGUUGAUGUCACCAAAUGAAUUAGUCAUGCACGACCGACCUGGUGAAAAUUUUUCUAUCGGUACGAUACAACCUUCCUGAUUCGAUCAUUAUCGUUUGGUCCAGCAUGUUGAUUGUGAACUUCUCUGACACAGCCUGUAGCUCUAGCUGUGGAGAUAAAUCUCCUUGCUUUAGAUAGUCUCUAAACAACUUUUGCAGCAUGUAUAAUAUAAUCGGUGGUGAACCUUUCUGAUUCUGAAGCCACUGAAACGUUCGAGGCAAAGAUGGAUGAAAGUAGGCACGGAAUAUCAAAUGACUACUUGCGCGUACUGGUGGUUUACUGACAUGGGUCUAUGAAAUGGCAGCGUACGCAACUGUACAUGUAAUUGAAAAUCUACAUUGAGGUUGCGUAUCUGUGCUUGGUAGACACAAGUGAGUGAGCAGUUCUUUAGUACAUAGCCGCUUGUUCCACCCUCUCAUCUGUCUUCUAGUUGUGAAGAGUGACUCGUUCAUUUCUAUAUUAGACGAAAGAGUGCCAUAUAAAGCAGUGUCACCACAGAGCUAUAUAUGGUAAUUGUGUCAUGUGGUCCAGUUCCUGCUCGGGUUUUACGUUGUGGUCCACGUACUUUUGCGACACUGUAACGUAUCGAAACACAAACACUGACUGUUCUUUUGCGUGGAUUUGUGUUUCUAUGAAUAUAUCAGUCUCUAAGUUAUACGGCACCAAAAGGCAAUGUAUUACAGAGAAACAUAUCUUAGCGGACAAAAUCUGCCCGCAUGCUUAUAGACUUUGUUGACAAGCCUGCUCGGACUUGUAUGUGAGCGGUACAUUUUCUGAACUUACGAAAUUUACUAGCAGAAACUUGUGAAUAGCCAUCGUCACCCAUAGGAGUUGGCCGCAGAAAAACGUUAUAAGGUGCCGAUCUAAGCUAAUAGUAUUUCUGUUGUCGAAAACGCGUUCGCUUCAGGCAACCUUCAGUGCAUGAACAUUUAAAAUUUGGAAGAUUUUUCCGAAUUUGAACGGUAUGAAAGAACACGCGCAAGCGAGUUUAUGAAAGAGACUCAGCGCUGUAAUUAGCAACUAAGUUAGAUUUAUAUUUUAUUGUGUGGCUAAGAAACUUAUGAAGAAGUGAUUCAGAUAUAAUUCACACAUACUUCCUAGGAACCAAGGGUAAAUGCAGACAUAUGGCGACGUGGUCAAACUAUUGGUCAAAUGCAGAAAGAUCAAUGAAAACCGCCUUUCUAAUCAUCUAAACUGUGUCCUCUAGGAUAAUUUUCAGGGUUUCGUAAUUUUACACCACCUUGUUUGUUUUCUUCGCGAAAGCCCUGGACCAGACACACAGCUUUCACGAAAAUUCCGUGCGCAUAACGACUACACAUGUGAUAAGGUGACUCGGUUGUACAAUAUGAAGAAGGAAAUCGAAGCGAAAUGUAUUCCAAUGUCGUCAUACUCACCAAACUAGAAGCGUAAUUUGAUACAUAAUGUGUAGUGACAAACGCGUUUGCACACUUUCUCAUUCCGGGUCGUCUUUACCGUUGAUAUUGUGGUGUAAUUUUCCUUCUCAAAAGAUAAGCAUCGUAUCACAUAAGAUGGCCUCUAUAACUGCUAUUUCAUGACCGCCUUGUUGAUGUUUUACUUAUACCUAUCGUGUUAAGUCAUGAUUUAAAACAAACUAAUUCGUGACUAUGUGACUCUUAAGUUUUAAUUUGUUCUUAUAAUUACGUUGUUCGUUUUAACACAUUCUAACGCGCAUUUAGAAAGUUUUCUCUGUCAUUGGUUAUUAUCUGUUAGUGUACAGCAUGGCCCACUUCAACAGGCAACUCCUAAUUAGUACUCAAAACAGCAUAACUUGAACAUAUCAAUUUCAUAAAAAAUAGUUUUUGAUGUGAUACAGGUAGGGCCUGUAUUGGUAAAAAAAAUUAUCGGCGAGGUUGCUGAGCCGAAAGUUCUUAGCAGUCCUGAAAUAAUUAUUUCAUGUUUCCUAUAACAGUGGAGCGUACUGUACAAGUGUGGACUAAAUUUUUUAGCAAGCUUCAGUUUGAUGCAGAAGUAUGCAAAUGUUUGUUCAACAUUUUUCUUUUCGUUGUUUCACUGACCAAAAGACCUCACGCUGUAUGUUUGGCCAUCUCUGUGCUAUCGCAGGCUCUUGGCGUGCUGAAUGUCCGUACGAGUUACUCGAAUUGUGACUGCUUUGCUCGCAUAGCAUGAAGAAAGUGUUGUAUCUUUCAUUACUGAGCUGGUCUGUGUACCAUUACCAACUGUACAAUGCAGAAAAAUUCUCACAAAGUCUGUUUGUGAGUUAACGUUGUGGGCUACAUAUAAAUAUAUACAUACAUAACAUUUGUACAUAAGACAAACAAGUCAACUGUAUAUGGACGCAGUGUGUAUUGUGUUUCUUCUAUAUAGUGUACAUAGCUAUUGCCUACUUUAAACUGCAGUACUGAAUCCUCGCCUAUGGAGUUGUGUGCUAGUAAGUGCCCCCCUCCCCCAAACUUGCAGCCACUUGUUUCCAACGAACAUUCGUUUCCUUAGUAUUCAUUUAGUAACUGUCACUCACUAUCACGAUAAUGCUCCUUGACGUAACAUACUAUAUAUGUCAUGCAAAGUUUUGCUAACCUUCAGCGCUUUCAACGUGCAUCGAAGGACCUUGCGCAAUGUUUUUUUUUUUGUACUGCUCUGUCGCGCGAGCUUUUUGUACUUUUAUAUUCCCCUAACCGUUGUGCUUAAAUAUCUGCUAGAGUUGUGUUUUCAUUUUUUUACCCCUUCCCGGAAAAUUAUUUAGCUCCGAUGUCUAGUCGUAAGUGUGAGAUAUAGAAAUGCGAAUACGAAACAUUAUUUACACAAAACGAAGUUCGUGCCAGCGUACGCACGUUCGCGGUUUUCCUAAGUCAAGGUUGCUCUCUGCCCUUAACCGAACAAUUCUCGCCGUGAUUGCUAACGCAAGGCAACCCGAAGAAAGCGUGGGUUGUCUGCAACCCACAGAAUGGCACGGGUCGUGCAAUGCUGCUUGUUUCAACCUCGACUGUUCGCUUCAUUUUGUCACAUGUCGCGAAGUUGAGACCAUUGCCGCGUUGAGAGUCGAGCGGCGCGUCAAAAUGUUGAAUGUUGUGCGUGAGAUCCCAGAGUUUUUUUUUUCCUUGUUUUCGUUUUACUUUCUUUCGUAUGUGUAGAAUAAAUAUACUGAGAUACCUUAACGAAA